GUAUAUCUGCCGGGGUCUUAACCAGACAGGAGCGAAGGAGAGAGGCAGAGAGACAGAGCAAGGGAGAAGAGAGAGAGGGGUUUUUGACAGCUGUAUUUGUGCUGAUAAGCGAAGGCACAAGGAGACGAUCGACUGGUGAGACAAGAGGGAAGCGGCGGCUCAGAGCUGCUGAGAGGGGCUGUGCUUCUCUCCAGAGACGGCUCGGCCCUCCCGGCGCCGUGCUGGGGCUUGGGGGGGACCCGAGCCCCCUCCCAGUGCCUGGCCGGGCUCUCGGCCGCUGCCCGUGCCAGGGGGCAGCUCGCUGGCUGGGCACACCAGCUGUGCGGGGCAGAUGCCGAUUGAGAUCGUGUGUAAAAUCAAAUUUGCCGAGGAGGAUGAGAAGCAGAAGGAGAAAGAAGAAGGGGAUAAGGAGAGCCUGAUUGAGGAGCCUGCCCGGCCCCGCUCCCGGGACCUGGCCACUUUUGCCAGCGCCAGCACCCUGCACGGCCUGGGACACAUCUGCAGAUCUGGGCGCCUGGGUGUGCGCCAAACCCUCUGGGCAUUUGCCUUCCUGGUCUCGCUCGCCUUCUUCCUCUACCAGGCGGCCAAGUCAGCGCUGCUCUACCUGGAGCACCCCCACGUCAUGGCCCUGGAUGAGGAGGCCAUCCGUGAGAUGGUCUUCCCUGCCAUCACCAUCUGCAAUAUCAACCGCUAUCGCCACUCGGCACUCACCGAUGCCGACAUCUUCCACUUGGCCAACAUGACCGGGUUGCCCCCCAAGGACCGGGAUGGCCACAAGGCCACGGACCUGCUCUAUCCUGACCCUGACAUGGCUGACAUUGUCAACCGCACCGGCCACCAGCUCGAUGACAUGCUCAAGAGCUGCAACUUCAGCGGCGAGAACUGCUCCUCCCGUGAUUUCACUGUGGUCUACACACGUUAUGGUAAGUGCUACACCUUCAAUGGGGACCGGAGGAACCCAAGAGUGACUCGCCAGGGUGGCAUGGGCAACGGGCUGGAGAUCAUGCUGGACAUCCAGCAGGAAGAGUACCUACCCAUCUGGAGAGAGACCAACGAGACGUCAUUUGAAGCUGGCAUCAGAGUCCAGAUUCACAGCCAGGAUGAGCCACCCUACAUCCAUCAGCUGGGCUUUGGUGUCUCGCCUGGCUUCCAGACCUUUGUGUCCUGCCAGGAGCAGCGGCUCACCUACCUGCCGCAGCCAUGGGGGAACUGCCGGGCCAGCGUGCAGGGGGAGCAGUUGCUGCCCGGCUAUGACACCUACAGCAUUGCUGCCUGCCGCCUGCAGUGCGAGAAGGAGGCCGUGGUGCGGAGCUGCCACUGCCGCAUGGUCCACAUGCCAGGCAACGAGUCUAUCUGCUCCCCCAACGUGUACAUCGAGUGUGCUGACCACACGCUGGAUGCGGCAGUGGAGGACAGUCAGGAGCGCUGCAGCUGCCCCACACCGUGCAACCUGACACGCUACGGCAAGGAAAUCUCCAUGGUGCGCAUCCCCAACAAGGGCUCAGCGCGCUACCUUGCCCGCAAGUACAACAAGAACGAGACCUACAUCAGGGAGAACUUCCUGGUGCUGGACAUCUUCUUCGAGGCGCUCAACUAUGAGGCCAUUGAGCAGAAGAAAGCCUACGACAUUGCUGGACUUCUCGGGGACAUCGGGGGACAGAUGGGUUUGUUCAUUGGUGCCAGCAUCCUCACCAUCCUGGAGAUCCUGGACUAUGUGUAUGAGGUGAUCCGGGACAAGGUGAGCCGGGUCCUGCGCCGCUCCAAGCCACCACUGAAGAAGCCCUCGGGCAGCAUUGCCACACUGGGACUGGAGGAACUCAAGGACCAGAGCCCCUGUGCAACGCUGGGCCGGCACGUGGAGGGUGCCUACAAUGCAGGCAUCCUGCCCAACCACCACCACCGCCACCACUAUCCUCACCAGGGCGUCUUCGAGGACUUCGCCUGCUAGGCCAGCUUGGGACUGGGGGUGGGCAGCCCCCUGCCACCCCCCUGCCCACCAUCUGCAUGGAGAGGGAUUGCGGCACUGGGGGCACAGGCCCCUGCAUCCCCCACGCCACCACGGGGACCAGCUGCACCAUUCUCCCCCGGUGACGCUGCCAGAUAUGCCUUGGCAAUGGCACUGGAGUGGCCCCCCAGCCCUUUCACCUGUCCCCUCCGCUUGCCCCCAGCACAUGGGCUUGGUCCUGUCUCAAGCACAUGGUGCAGAGGGGAAUGGGCAUGCUGGGGAGGUUUGGGGGAGCAGCAGGGUACAGGUCAGAGGGGCCCUGGCAAUGCAGAGCAUGCAGCAGGUAAGCUGCAGUUCCUGUGAGCCCUUCCAAGACCUCCCCUGCUGGUCCCUCUUGGGAGGGUCACUGCCCUGCAUAGUCCACCUAGGAGAGAGAUGUGCUUGGAACAGCUCUCCCUCCCCAAGGACCACUCACCCCCCACCUUCCCGCUGCAGGGCCGGGCUGCAUUGCAGGGCACCCCUCUGAACAGCACAGCCCCCCUGGCCAGCCCAGGGACACCCCACCUGCAGCCACACCUGCAUGGCACCAUCCUGACCCCUGGCACCACCACCACUGUGACAUCCCCAAAACAUCUGCCUGCCCUUCCCCAACCUCAUGCAGCCUGCCAGAGCUGCAGCCCCGCCAUUGCUGUUUCCAGCCAGACCCCUGCACUGUGACACCCCCCACCACUCCAGUGUUGGCCCUAGUAGCCCCCAGUCAUUGUGGCACUGCAGACCUACUGCCUCCCCACUCUCCUGCCUCCCAUGCCACCAUGUCCCUCCCCAGCCCUCCCCAUCCUCUCCUUGCCCAGGCAUUUCCCAAAGCAGCUCAUCCCUUGGUGCAGUUGCCCAGUGCAGCUCAGGCAGCACAAGGGGGUCCUGACCUCGCUCCCCUGCCUGUCACCAUUCUUUUGCACCAUGCACGUACCCCUUGCCACACUCCCACUCCCUGGGUGCUGAGCACCUGCUGUGCCUCCCCCAGACUGUACAUGGUUAGGAGGGUGCCCCGUGCCCAGCACCACCCGAACAGCCACAGCCUGACCUGCUGGCUGGACCCUCAGCCAGGACUGGCACCCACAGCCCUCCAACCCGCCCUGAGGUGGCAGGACCCAUGGCAGGACUCACAGUGUUCUCCCUGUCCUGCUGGACAUUGCCUCCUCCCCCUCCACUGUAGCAGACACCAGCGCAGGGCAAACCGCCCCAAAAUAUCUCAGGAGGGGGCGUGGGCUGGCAAAGCCCCCCUCAACACACACCCGCAACAGAAAGGGGGACCCUGGGGCAGGAAUUUGGGACCUUUGGGGGAGGCUGGGGUUGACCCAGGAAGCCCCUGUCCCUGCCGGUUUGGUCCCCAUCCCCGGUGCCCGCAGAUGGAGCAUGGCUGUGCCAUGCUGUGGCCAAAGCCAUAGAUUCAGGAGGAGCCAUCACCCUCACAGCCCCCAAGGCCCCACAUGUGGGAGAUGCAGGGCAGAGACCAGAGGACCAGCCUGGUGAUGUGCUCAGGAGCCCUGACACUGGGUAUGUGCAGCCCAACAGGCCCCCAGAAUAUGCACCCGGGUGGGAACAUGUUCCUCGUCAGUGCAAACACCUGGCUGUGUGGUGUCCCAUGUCCCGCUGCACAGGGAGGACACAGCAAGCCUCCCAGCAGAACAGGCCAGUGGUGCUCCCUGGGAAGACCCUCCAGAGCACUCCAUGCCAGUUUCCCCACACUGACCCACAAGCAGGAGUGCCCCUGGAGGUGUGCCACGUGUUAGCUUGGGAACAUGCCAUGACUGUGCCAGCCAGCCCUACACCAAGGUCUCCUGCAGCGGGUGGAUGAUGCAGGUUGUGGCCCCUCCACCAGCAGGAGCAGCGAGUUCUGAGCAGGGUGGGCACAGGCACUGCGGUGGGAGGGCCAGUACAAACACCCUCAUGCUGCUGAACGUGAGAGACAUGUAACUGUUUUAUAAAUGUACAAACACUCCCUAAUAAAGAGGCACAAGUAGG